UUAUGCAUAAUAGCCAUAUUGGAUAUAACGUAGGUGACAUCACAUUCAACCUUCUUUCUAAAAUACAGCAAUGACGACUUCUCUCAGCAACUCCAAGAAAAACAAAAGCCUGCCCAUCGAAACCACAUUUAAGCUUCCUGCUGGUAUACCAAUUUGGCCACCAGGUAUGUAUUUAACGAUACAUCUAUUCAUUUCAUUCUAGAUACUCUAAUAAGAAAAGCAAGGAAGCUAUUUUUGAUUCAUAUGCUUAUGGUUUUUUUUUUGUCAUGUAAUUUUAGGUGAUGGAUUUGCAUGUGGCAUCAUGGACCUUGGUGGUGGGUUGCUAGUUUCACAAAUUUCCACAUUCAACAAAGUUUGGACCACCUAUGAAGGUGGACCAAAUAAUCUUGGGGCCACUUUUUUUGAACCAACGGGUCUAUCUGAAGGGUUUUUUGUGUUAGGAUGUUAUUGCCAACAUAACAACAAGCCUCUUCAUGGUUGGGUUCUUGUAGGGAAAGAUAACUCUUCAACCUCAAAUGGAGCCUUAACCAAACCAGUCGAUUACAAAUUAGUAUGGAGCAGCAACUCUCUAAAAAUAAAGCAAGAUGGACAAGGUUAUCUUUGGUUACCAAUAGCCCCUGAUGGCUAUAAACCUGUUGGACACGUUGUCACCACAUCACCAGCGAAGCCUUCCCUUGACAAAAUAAGGUGUGUUAGAUCAGACCUCACAGAUGAAUGCACAACACAUAAUUCAAUAUUGAAGCUUUGGAGAACAGAAAACAAGAGGUUCAAUGUUUAUGAUGUUAGACCAAUCAAGAGAGGCAUUGAAGCUCAAAGUGUUAGUGUAGGAACCUUCCUAGUAGGUCAAAGUGGAGGGACAAAUUCUAAUGCUUUACCUAUUGUUUGUUUGAAAAAUACCAAGGCUAACUUUUCCUUCAUGCCCAAUUUAUCCCAAAUUGAGGCAAUGAUCAAGGCCUAUUCUCCUUAUAUGUACUUACAUCCUAUGGAAAAAUACCUCCCUUCAUCUGUGGAUUGGUUUUUCACACAUGGAGCUUUACUCUAUGAAAGAACAAAGGGACUCAUUAGGGGCAAUUCAAUAGAACCAACAGGUACUAACCUUCCCCAAGGUGGCUCCAAUGAUGAUGAUGUUACCUAUUGGCUAGACUUGCCUGUGGACGAAACCAAAAGAGGCAGUGUCAAGAAAGGGGAUUUGCGAAGUUCACAAGUUUAUGUUCAUGUUAAACCUAUGUUAGGUGGAACUUUCACUGACAUUGUCAUGUGGGUUUUUUACCCAUUUAAUGGUGGUGCAAGGGCAAAAGUGGCAUGCACCAACAUUCCACUAAGGACCAAAGGGGAACAUGUGGGGGAUUGGGAGCAUGUGACAUUAAGGGUAAGCAACUUUAAUGGAGAAUUAUGGAGUGUUUAUUUCUCACAACAUAGUAAGGGUCAAUGGGUGGAUGCCUCUGAGCUUGAGUUCCAAAAUGGUAAUAGACCUGUGGCUUAUUCUUCCUUACAUGGGCAUGCCUUAUUUCCAAAACCUGGGGUAGUUAUGCAAGGAAUGAGAGGAUUAGGUAUAAGAAAUGAUGCAGCUAAAAGUGACGCCAUCUUGGAUAUGGCAAAUGAGUUUGAAAUAGUGGCUGCUGAAUAUUUGGGGUCACAAAUUAGAGAGCCACCAUGGCUUAACUAUUGGAUGAAUUGGGGUCCAAAGAAUGGGCCUAAGGGUCCAAAACAGAAGGAUGUGUGGAAAGGAGAUGAACGAUAAUAAGUAGUGUCCUAUUUAAUGUUCAAGACUUACUACACCGGGGUGAAUUUUUUCAGUAAUUAAUGUUACUCUUAAUUGACUCAUAUUUUACAAUUAUGUUCUAUACUUUUCUUUUAUAUAUAUUAAAAAUAUAAAAUGAAGAGAAAAAAUCUCUUCUUUUUUAUGUAAAGAAGUGUUAACUGUGUGUAUGUGUGUAACAUACGGUAUAAGCGUCGAAUAAUAUUCUUGUUGUUUCUUACAAGUUUAUAAACAUAUUGACAAUGUUCAUAAUUACCUAAUUAGUUAACAACCUAUAAUAUUGUAGAGGUGCAAAUGACAACAAUGCACUUGUUCAUUUUGCAUUGUAACUUGACUUGACGUCUCUGAAAAGUCAAAAUAAAAAUUGUUUGCUUAUUGAAAGCAAUGGAGAAAAAAAAAUAAACUUUUAAACAAUACAACUACGAUGGCAUGUUACAAGACUA